UAAUCUCUCUUUCUUUUUCCUUCUUCACGUUUUGAUUUCUUCCGAGUCACAAGACUUAACAUAUUAUUAAUCACAACGGAAGACAUUAAUAUAUGCGAAGAUGGUGAAGUUCUCUAAGGAGUUAGAGGCACAACUCAUACCAGAAUGGAAAGAGGCCUUUGUUAACUACUGUCUACUAAAAAAGCAAAUCAAGAAAAUCAAAAUUUCUCGUAAACCAAAACCGGCAUCUCUUUACCCAAUUGCUCAUCAUCCUGAUUUUGGUCGAUCUCUAUUCGACCCGGUUCGCAACUUGGCGAGAACCUUCUCGGAUAAACUAUUUUCCUCCUCAGAAAAACCAGAGAUUAUUCAGGUCAGGAGAAGAAAUGGCUCAGAAAAUGGGGACGAUGUCGAGGAGAUUUACCAAACUGAGCUUGUUCAGUUAUUUUCUGAAGAAGACGAGGUUAAAGUGUUCUUCGCAAGAUUGGAUGAAGAGCUAAACAAAGUGAAUCAGUUUCACAAGUCCAAAGAGACAGAGUUUGUGGGAAGAGGAGAGAUUCUGAAGAAACAGUUAGACAUUCUUGCAGAACUUAAACAGAUCCUAAGUGAUCGGAAGAAGAGAAACCUUUCUGGCUCUAAUUCACAUCGCUCAUACAGUUCUUCUGCGCGAAACUCUGAUUUCUCUGCAGGGUCUCCAGGAGAACUAAGUGAGACACAAAGUGAAACAUCAAGAACAGACGAAAUCAUAGAGGCGUUGGAGAGGAAUGGUGUAAGUUUCAUAAACUCUGCAACGAGGACCAAAACAAAAGGAGGUAAACCCAAAAUGUCUCUCCGCGUCGACAUACCAGACGCUGUGGCCGGAGCUGACGGUGGCGGUGCAAGAUCCAUCGCAACGGCCACAUCGGUUCUCUGGGAGGAGCUUGUUAACAACCCAAGAAGCGGCGGAGGAGAUUUUAUCAACCGGAAGAAGAUUCAGUGCGCAGAGAAGAUGAUACGUAAAGCUUUUGUUGAGCUCUAUAGAGGUCUUGGCUUGUUGAAGACUUACAGUUCACUGAAUAUGAUAGCUUUUACAAAAAUAUUGAAGAAAUUCGAUAAGGUUUCUGGUCAGCAGGCAUCAUCAAGUUAUCUUAAAGUCGUAAAGAGAUCGCAAUUCACCAGCUCUGAUAAGGUGGUAAGACUCAUGGAUGAAGUGGAGUCCAUAUUCACAAAGCACUUCGCAAACAAUGACAGGAAAAAGGCAAUGAAGUUCUUGAGACCCCACCAGCAGAAAGAUUCUCACAUGGUUACUUUCUUUGUUGGAUUAUUUACAGGUUGCUUUGUCUCAUUGUUUAGUAUUUACAUAAUACUGGCCCAUCUAUCUGGAAUCUUCACCUCUGGUGCUCAAGUUUCGUAUAUGGAGACUGUAUAUCCGGUUUUCAGCGUUUUUGCGUUGCUAAGUCUACACAUGUUCAUGUAUGGAUGCAAUCUUUUCAUGUGGAAGAGCACGAGGAUAAACUACACGUUUAUAUUCGAGUUCUCACCAACCACAGCGUUGCGUUACCGAGACGCGUUUCUGAUGGGAACAACGUUUAUGACCGCAGUGGUGGGCGCUAUGGUCAUACAUCUCAUCCUCCGUGCCGCCGGUUUCUCGGCCAGCCAAGUCGAUACCAUUCCUGGCAUCCUCCUCUUGAUCUUCAUCUGUGUGUUGAUAUGCCCCUUCGACACAUUUUACCGUCCAACAAGAUUCUGCUUCAUUAGAAUUUUACGGAACAUCGUUUGCUCACCUUUCUACAAGGUUUUGAUGGUUGAUUUCUUCAUGGCUGAUCAACUUACUAGCCAGAUUCCUUUGCUGAGACAUUUAGAGUCAACUGCGUGUUAUUUCAUGGCCCAAAGCUUUCGAACACACGAAUACAAUACCUGCAAAAACGGAAGAAUCUAUAGAGAACUUGCUUACUUAAUCUCUUUCUCACCUUACUUCUGGCGGGCCAUGCAAUGCAUAAGGAGAUGGUGGGACGAAUCAAACACUGACCACUUAGUCAACAUGGGAAAAUACGUUUCAGCAAUGGUUGCAGCCGGAGUCCGCAUAACCUAUGCAAGAGAGAGCACCAACUUGUGGCUAACCGCCGUGCUUGUGAGCUCGGUGGUGGCCACGCUUUACCAGUUAUAUUGGGACUUUGUCAAGGAUUGGGGUCUUUUGAACCCUAAAUCCAAAAAUCCAUGGCUAAGGGACGAUCUUGUUCUCAAGAACAAGAACAUCUACUAUCUCUCCAUUGCGUUGAAUUUGGUAUUGCGAGUUGCUUGGAUAGAAACAAUAGUGAGGUUCAGGGUCAAUCAUGUUCAGUCUCAUUUAUUAGAUUUCUUAUUGGCAUCCCUUGAAGUCAUUCGCCGAGGCCAUUGGAACUUUUACAGAGUGGAGAAUGAGCAUUUGAACAAUGUAGGCCACUUUAGGGCUGUGAAGACCGUACCAUUACCAUUCCGUGACAUGGACUCAGACCAUUAAACAAAAGAUAAUACAUUGGAGGGUCUAGUCAUCAACCAGGUUCCGGGAUAUACAGGAAGCAUUUCGGCUUUUUCAUUGAAUAUUGUAGCCAUACUGGAGAAACCUUUUGGGGAACUCCUGAAAUUGCGUAACCAUUUUAUCCUUUGGAGACUAGUGGAUUCUUGAUUUCAUUUGUAGAACUUUCCAAGUGUAAAACGAGCAAAGAUAAUUUAACUUCCCACUUUAUAUAUUGAUGUUCUGUAAAUUUAUAUUUAAGUUUUAUAUAUGUUCAACUCUUCUUUUCAAAUAAAGAAUGCCACUAUUUCCUC